GCAUUCCCUGCUGUAAGUAGCCAUUUCACUGUUUAUGAUCUUGAAUUGAUUAUUAUUUGUAAAUAUUGGUACACGCUACUGCAUGGACUUCAUUUACAUGUGACUGCUGGGAUAAACUAUAAACUGUUCGAAACGAGCCAUGCCAGUAACAUGAAAGUACCCAGGAUGAACCGACGCGGCUUGUGUAUUCAGAUUUCCUUGGCAGUAUUGUUCGGAUGUUUGGCCAAUACAACGCAUGGUUAUAACGAGACGCUUAACGCAACAUGGGGCGGGAUAGACGUCUACUCACCAGGAUACCGUUACAACCUUCCAUACGGCCCGAACACGACCUACGACUACCUGGUGAAGACGAUCUUUCCGGACCACAACGUUACUAUGGAAGUGAUUGGCUGUGAGAUGGAACAUGACAAGAACGGCGCCUGCUUGUACGACAAGCUGAGGAUAUACGACGGUAGUCGUCUUUCUUUAUUCUAUACGAAAAUAAUGGCAGAUAUUGAGUUACGCGAAGCAAAUGCUCAGAUCCCCUUAACACAGAGUUCUGCUGUGCCGAUCAAGCAAACUUGUCAUCCUUCUGCGCCUUCAUAUGUAUCUCUACGACCGUUGUACCUUCUCUUUGUACAGGGAACAGCAGCUCGGAUCACCUGA